AUCCCCAUUCCUUUGUAUGCUGAUGCACAGGGCAUCCUCCUGGCUUGGCAGCACGUGGGUUGCUUUAGAUGUAUGUAAACAGCAAUAAAGAAACACCCUGCAGGGCUCAGUGCAGAGAGAUGAAGAUCCUGAAGUGAAACAAGGACCACGGGGCACACGGCUGGUGCUGGGGCUGUCAGUGAGUGGACAGGGUGAGCAGGGAGAGGGGAGUGGAAACAGCACAGGGAUCAAGGAAAGCCAGAGGUGAAUGGGGAUGGGGCAGCAGCUGAGGCUUUACUGCCCAGGAUUCCCCAUGAGUUUUAUCAGCAAAAACAUGCUAGCAGUCAUCGGCCACGUCUUGAACUUAGAACAUGCUGCUGUGUGCAGUGACCUGGGGCCAGAAGGGUGGAAGCCGCUCACAGCCAAACUGCCCCAGGUCCCUGGGAACGGGGCUACGAGGAACAAAAUGCAGAGCUUCCUCUUUCUGUGCCAGGGAAGGGCAUGGGAGAGCGUGGGGCAAACGGGCAGGGUGGGAAGGAGCUGCCCUGAGGUCUUUUCAAGGGGCAUUGAGGAAGAAAGGCGCUGGAAGGACACAGCCGUGCUUUGUGCAGACUGAUUGGGUUCUGAAAUUUUGCUGGAAACAUUUAGAGAGAAAAACAGUGUCACCCAGAAACCACAUCUGUGCCAAAAAAGGCACCUUUCUGGGGAAGCAAGGCACUUCUGCUUGAUGCACCAAACAAAGGCAGCCGCCCUCGCUGUGCCAGCACUGGAGAUCUGUGCUGGGGGUUUGCACUGAGUUGGGGCUGGGGGCGGCAAAAGCCCCUCUGCUGGGCCCCCAAAUCCAUCCCGGCUGCUGGGAUGGGCGCCACGGCUGGGAAAGCUCUCUGCAUUAUGGUGCUUUGCUGGAAACUGGUGGUGGUUCCAGAGAAGGGUCAUGAGAUCAGAGUGACUCACGGAUAGGAGGAAGGAAGCAAAUGCCUUUAAAAAAGACAUACGGGGUCUCAAGCAAACAUUGCCCAGGGAAACAGGCUUGGGAACCUCCUGGGCACACAGCAGCCUGCUCCGUCCGCCGGGAGCUCUGUGAUCACCGCGGGGAAAGGUCCAUGUCAGGAGGGAGAAGCUGAAAAAUGAGGAUUAUUCUGGUUUGGAUGAUUUUCCCAGGUAUCUGGGCGGUCUCAGGUCCCUCGCAGGUGACGGCCCGCAGGGGCAGCUCGCUGUCGGUGUCCUGCAGCUAUCGGCUGGGCAACAAGCACCACUCCAAGGUCUGGUGCAAACCAUACUUUUUCAAGAUCUUCUGCUCCUACAUGGCCCAAACCAAUGGCUCAGAGGCGGCGAUGACACAGGGCAGGGUGUCCAUCAGGGACAACCACACGGCUCUUGUAUUCACGGUGACGAUGAGAGAUGUGAUGCCGGAGGAUGCGGGCUGGUACUACUGCGGGGCAGUGAAGUCCCUGUGGCACAUCACAGGCAAUCGGUGGCACAAAACCGAGGUGCUCGUGUCUGAGGCCACAGCCGAGGCCGGCGAUGUGCACCCGCUGCCAAAGGCAGAGCCAUCCCCCACUGGCUGCGAGGAGCCUCCAGCACUGUCCCAGCUCGACAUCACCCUCCUGCUGCUCGUCCUCGGUGUGAAGGUGCCUGCGAUCCUGGCCCUGCUGUGCGGGGCCGUGUGGCUGAGGAGGUGGCACAGGAGCUGCAGCCCGUGGGAAAACCUGCAGCAAUCUGAGAAGUCCAGCAGCACUGCGGCACCGGGCAGCUCGGCCCCCCAGCAGCCUGACCCCCCGGCAGCACCACAGCGUCCUUCUGGUCCCCUUCCCCACACCCUGCCAGGGCUGAGCCACUGCAGCUGCUCAGCACCAGGAAGCUCUCCCCAUGCAAAGCCUCAGCCCCUCCUGAUGCCCCCCAAGUUGCACGAGGGAAGGAUUUCUGUGUAGAGAUCUUGUGUCUGCUGAGCUUGAGGUGCCACCAAAAAACAAUUUUGAAAAAAAGCCUGGGUAUCCUGCA